UCGCAGUGUAUUAUGGUCUUUCAAAAUAACGAAAGCUCCAUACCAAAAUGAAUGGGCAUGGGUGUUUAGGAAAUUAUUAAUUGCAAGGCUUGGUCAUUACAGAUAACUUCUAAGACUUAAGUUCACUUUCCACCCAUUUAUUUCAAGGAGGUCUAAGUAGGCAACUAGAAAAACUUCAAAGGUAUGUAGUAUGUAGACAGGAUGGUCGGAUGGUGCUUUUUUUGUUAAUAUUUUUGACUUAUUUCAUUUUGAUUUUCGGUUAUUAGCGUUAGAACUGCAUAUAAUUAUUACGUCAGAAAUAUGUUACAUUAUCAUCUAUAUAAUGUAUAAAUGAAUAUUACCAAUUAUUUAUUAUGUGAAAGUCAAUAUUUGAUUUAAAUGCCCUGGGCCUGAAUGGUGAAUCUAAGAUUAAGGCACGUGGUCAUUUAGUCACGAUUCCCUAACCCUCAGUAACUCCAUGUCAUGCUCUUGUCCUUGUUAAUGCAUAUGAACUAAAUUUUUAGCAGUUUGUCUAAAAGUAUAAUGUAAAAAUAUAAUAUCUGUCUUUUAGCUUUUAUGAUUUCACUAUAAUUUGGCUUCUAAAUAAAUUUUAACCAACAUUGAAAUUUGAAUUAAAACCAGUGCUUUUUUUGUGCCGGUACUUUUCUUGUAUUUUAACGUUUAUUAUUAAUUUAUUAUAUUAUUAAUUUGUUAAAAUUGAAUUAUUUUAAAAUUGCGCGCAAUAAGAAUUAAAAUAUAAAUGGGAAACUGCUUUCCUUGUAGUUAAAAGUUAGUUAAUCCAUCACUGAGUACCGGCAGCUAUUUUUUUUACAAAAAAGCACUGAUUAAAACUAUACAUAAACCUCGAAACACACUAAGAUUUACAUCAAAUAAAAUUUACAGAUAGAUCCCUCUUGAAAUGUAGGCCUAUCUAUCUUUUGCUGUUCUCUGAAGUAGACUAUAGAAAAAAGCUCAAAUUAUUUUUAAUGAUUAAGGGGUCUAUGUCUUACAUAUUCAGUUUAUCUAAUUUUAUUCAUGUAAAUUUAUUGACUAACAGAUAAUUAGCAGACCGUAAGUAAAAAUUAAGGAAAGACAGAUUGACAAAAUAAUUAUUAGAUCUCUUUUAAAACUGAAUGAAAGCCAGUAUUUUACAAGGAUUUAUUUCCAUGGGGGUCGAUAAAGGUGGUGUUACAAAGAUAUUUUAUUAUUUAUUAACAUAAAUUUAACUUUAAAUAAAUAAACCCAUAGCAAAUUUAUAGUAAUGUGGCAGCUCAAAAUGGCACCAUAAUUAUAGUCUCGUUUUUGCAGUUAUGUAUGAGAACAAAUAAAAAAUCAACAUUAAAAAAACUUCCUUAAACUGCAUUUUUUUGUAUUCAUAUCAAGAUUUUAAUUCUUUGGUUUAAUUUUUAAAUAUUUUAUUUUAAAUGAAUGAAAGUAAAUAAAUUGGGCUUCAAAAAAUUAUUUGCAUGCAUGCUGACACACUUUGAAUAAAAAAAUAAUUAGAAUGUAAGAAUAAAUUAUGGCAGCUAUUAAGAUGUGUCCUAGAAAUGAUAAAAUACGUCUUCGUUAACUCUUUACUAGGUAUCACUUCUAAUCCACAUCAGCAUGGCUGAUUAUAUACCUGUCGUAAAGAGUGAUGAUAUGCCAGCACCCAUGAGGGACGAGGCUUUAACUUGUGCCAAAAGUGCUAUUAAGCUGUACAGCGUAGAAAGGGUAAGGAAAACUUGAGAUGAUAAUUAUUGAAAUGUCAUGAAAACUUGAGAUGAUUAUUACUGAAAUGUCAUGAAAACUUGAGAUGAUUAUUACUGAAAUGUCAUGAAAACUUGAGAUGAUAAUCAUUGAAAUGUCAUGAAAACUUGAGAUUAUUAUUAUUGAAAUGUCAUUAAAACUUGAGAUGAUAAUCAUUGAAAUGUCAUGAAAACUUGAGAUGAUUAUUAUUGAAAUGUCAUGAAAACUUGAGAUGAUUAUUACUGAAAUGUCAUGAAAACUUGAGAUGAUUAUUACUGAAAUGUCACAAGUUACUCAAACCAACAUGUAAUGGGUAAAAUAUUAAUUUAAAAAUUUAAUAAGAUGAAUAUAUUUCAUAUUUGAAAGCUGAAAGACAAAUUAAUCAUACAGAGGGUUAUCACUUAAAAAUUUGAAAGUGUUAAACUUAGGGUUGAUAGACAUGCUUUUUAAUCUACUGAAAAGGAUGCCAUUUUAAGAAAAUGACUUAAUAUAAAUUGCAUUGCAGGACAUUGCCGCCUAUAUCAAAAAGGAAUUUGACAAGAAUCACAAUCCUACAUGGCACUGCAUUGUUGGCCAUGAUUUCGGCAGCACUGUAUCCCACGAUAGCAAAAACUUUAUUUAUUUUUUUGUUGGAGAACUGGCUAUUCUUCUCUUCAAGUCUGGAUGAACAACUUUUUUUAAAAUAAUAAUUAACGUUACCAAUAUAACCUGUCCAAAUCUGUAAUGACCAAGCCAAAUUUUACAUCAUAUAAGUUGUCCUGAGUUGAAUUUAAAUAUAUCAUCAGAUGGCAUGCUUUGAACUUCCAUCUCAUAGAAAUGCCAUUGUUAUUGAGAAGACUUAACUUAAAAGUGUACAUUGAUUAAUAUGAAUUUCCAACUUGAGGCAUAACAAUCAGUUUCAAGUUUCAUUGACAUAAUAAACUUUUAAGUUGCCUACUUAAUUAUAAC